GGAGGAUUCCGCAGUUCCACACCAAGGUCCCUGCGCGUUUUAUUGCGACCUGCCGGUGGGAACUUUGUCUCCGAGUCGGAGCAGCAUGGAGCGGCGGAGCGAGAGCCCGUGUCUGCGGGACAGCCCCGACCGGCGGAGCGGCAGCCCCGACGUGAAGGGGCCUCCCCCGGUGAAGGUGGCCCGGCUGGAGCAGAACGGCAGCCCCAUGGGAGCCCGCGGGAGGCCCAACGGCGCCGUGGCCAAGGCCGUGGGAGGUUUGAUGAUUCCUGUCUUUUGUGUGGUGGAGCAGUUGGACGGCUCUCUUGAAUAUGACAACAGAGAAGAACAUGCUGAGUUUGUUCUGGUGCGAAAAGAUGUGCUUUUUAGCCAGCUGGUGGAGACCGCGCUCCUGGCCCUGGGGUAUUCCCACAGCUCCGCAGCUCAGGCCCAAGGAAUAAUCAAGCUGGGGAGGUGGAACCCUCUCCCCCUCAGUUAUGUGACAGAUGCACCCGAUGCGACAGUGGCCGACAUGCUACAAGAUGUCUAUCAUGUUGUGACGUUGAAAAUCCAAUUACAAAGUUGUUCGAAGUUGGAAGACUUGCCUGCGGAGCAGUGGAACCAUGCCACAGUCCGCAAUGCCUUAAAGGAACUGCUCAAAGAGAUGAACCAGAGCACAUUAGCCAAAGAAUGCCCUCUCUCCCAGAGUAUGAUUUCAUCCAUUGUAAAUAGCACAUAUUAUGCCAAUGUGUCAGCAACCAAGUGCCAGGAGUUUGGGAGAUGGUAUAAAAAGUACAAGAAGAUUAAAGUGGAAAGAGUGGAACGAGAAAACCUUUCAGACUAUUGUGUUCUGGGCCAGCGUCCAAUGCAUUUACCAAAUAUGAACCAGCUGGCAUCCCUGGGGAAAACCAACGAACAGUCUCCUCAUAGCCAAAUCCACCAUAGUACUCCAAUCCGAAACCAAGUGCCCGCAUUACAGCCCAUCAUGAGCCCUGGUCUUCUUUCCCCCCAGCUCAGUCCACAGCUUGUCAGGCAACAAAUAGCCAUGGCCCAUCUGAUAAACCAGCAGAUUGCCGUCAGCCGGCUCCUGGCCCACCAGCAUCCACAAGCCAUCAACCAGCAGUUCCUAAACCAUCCACCUAUUCCCAGAGCAGUUAAGCCGGAGCCAACCAACUCUUCCGUGGAAGUCUCUCCAGAUAUCUACCAGCAAGUCAGAGAUGAGCUGAAGAGGGCCAGUGUGUCUCAGGCUGUCUUUGCAAGAGUGGCAUUCAACCGCACACAGGGAUUGUUGUCUGAGAUUCUGCGUAAGGAAGAAGAUCCUCGGACGGCCUCUCAGUCUCUUUUAGUAAACCUGAGGGCCAUGCAGAAUUUCCUCAAUCUGCCAGAAGUGGAACGGGAUCGCAUAUACCAGGACGAGAGAGAGCGGAGCAUGAAUCCCAAUGUGAGCAUGGUCUCAUCGGCCUCUAGCAGUCCCAGCUCCUCCCGAACCCCUCAGGCCAAAACCUCGACACCGACAACAGACCUCCCUAUUAAGGUGGAUGGCGCCAACGUCAACAUCACAGCUGCCAUUUAUGACGAGAUCCAACAGGAGAUGAAAAGGGCCAAGGUGUCUCAAGCCCUGUUUGCCAAAGUGGCUGCAAAUAAAAGUCAGGGCUGGCUGUGUGAACUGCUCCGCUGGAAGGAGAACCCAAGCCCAGAAAACCGCACACUCUGGGAGAACCUCUGUACCAUCCGUCGCUUCCUGAACCUUCCCCAGCAUGAGAGGGACGUGAUCUAUGAGGAGGAAUCAAGGCAUCACCACAGCGAACGCAUGCAGCAUGUGGUCCAGCUUCCACCUGAGCCGGUGCAGGUCCUUCAUAGACAGCAGUCUCAGCCAGCCAAGGAGAGUUCCCCUCCCAGAGAAGAAGCGCCUCCCCCACCUCCUCCAACUGAAGACAGUUGUGCCAAAAAGCCGCGGUCUCGCACAAAGAUCUCCUUGGAAGCCCUGGGGAUCCUGCAAAGCUUUAUUCAUGAUGUAGGCCUGUACCCUGACCAGGAAGCCAUCCAUACUCUUUCUGCCCAGCUGGAUCUGCCCAAACACACCAUCAUCAAGUUCUUCCAGAACCAGCGGUACCACGUGAAGCACCACGGGAAGCUGAAGGAGCACCUGGGCUCUGCGGUGGACGUGGCCGAGUAUAAGGACGAGGAGCUGCUGACAGAGUCGGAGGAGAACGACAGCGAGGAAGGCUCGGAGGAGAUGUACAAAGUGGAGGCCGAGGAGGAAAACGCCGACAAGAGCAAGGCGGCGCCUGCAGAAGUUGACCAGAGAUAA